AACUUCUUGUUCCACGCAGCAUCCUGCAGAUAACCACUCCUGCCGCCUGUUGUCGAUCUCAGUUCUUUCUAGCGAGCGCUUGGGCACUCGCCUCUUGAGUACAAGAUCCACUGAUACUGAAUUCAGCUCCCUAGUUGAGCGCUUCAGAACACUGCACAUUGCAAGGGUUUGCCUGCGCACGCCCUGCUUCGGAUUCCGACUCUGACCACAUCCAAGUGAACUACUACUCCAUCCUGCGUCAAUCAGAUCAUUUUUUCAAGCAUUCCGCCAACUCCUCCUCAAAAUGUCAGGGCUCGAUGUCGAGGCGUUGCUCGAUUCGACCGCCACCAACGAUGUCAAAGGCAAAGAUUCACCCCGCGAUAGCGAGGACCGUCAUCGUAGCGACCGCUCCGAUCGCCGCGACAGAGACAAACACCGUGAUGGCUCCCGCGAUCGCGACAAGGACCGCAAGAGACGAGAUCGAAGCCGAGACCGAGACCACCGUCGAGACCGUGAUGAUGAAAUGAAGAGUCCCAGGAGCGAGCAUGGCAGUGCUAACGGCAGUCACAGAAGCAGCAGGAGGAGAAGCCGCAGCCGUGACCGUGAUGACGAUAGAAGACGGUCCAAACGUGACGACGACCAUCAUCGUAGACGCUCUCGAUCUCCAGAGUACGAUCGCUAUUAUCGACCGGGUGGACGAUCCAGGCGUGAAGAUGAGGACUACCGACGCGAUCGCGACAGGGAACGACGUCGCUCGGCAAGUCCCAGAAAGCGUGUCAAGAGCAAGACUCCCGAGCCACAACUUACUGAGGAUGAGCGUGACAGGAGAACCGUAUUUGUCCAGCAACUCGCCGCUCGUCUGCGUACCAAGGAAUUGAUCCAGUUCUUUGAGAAAGUGGGUCCUGUUACAGAGGCCCAGAUUGUCAAGGAUCGAGUCAGUGGCCGUUCUAAAGGUGUCGGCUAUGUCGAGUUCAAGAACGAAGAGUCCGUCCCACUAGCCAUCCAAAUGACCGGACAGAAACUCCUCGGCAUUCCCAUAAUUGCACAACUCACUGAAGCAGAAAAGAAUCGACAAGCCCGCAACCCAGAGGCUACCACCAGCAAUCACAAUAGCAUCCCUUUCCAUCGUCUCUAUGUGGGCAACAUCCACUUCAGUAUUACUGAACAAGAUCUACAGAACGUAUUUGAGCCAUUUGGUGAACUCGAGUUUGUGCAACUCCAAAAGGACGAGGGUGGUCGCAGCCGUGGUUAUGGCUUUGUCCAGUUCCGUGACCCGAAUCAAGCACGUGAGGCCCUCGAAAAGAUGAACGGUUUUGACCUUGCAGGCCGCCCAAUCCGAGUUGGACUCGGCAACGACAAAUUCACGCCCGAAUCGACUGCCAACCUCCUACAACGCUUUCAAGGCCAAAAUUCGCCUGGCUUUCAGGGCUCGGCCUUCUCGGGCUCCGGUGGCCGCGGCGCUCACGCCGGAGGAUCGGGAGGCACAUUUGAUCGUGCAGGUGGCCGUGACAACGAAAAGGGGACGGGUGGCGCAAGUGCAUUGGAUGAUACAGACGUCGCUGGUGUGAAUUUCAACAACUAUAGCCGAGAUGCAUUGAUGCGCAAGCUCGCUAGGACAGAUGACACAUCUGCAGAGACCGAUACGAAGCGCGCUGCGGUGCCCGCCAAAAAGGAAAGCAAGCCGCUUCCCGUCAAUGUCAGCCAGGCAAGCAGAUGUGUUUUGCUUCGCAAUAUGUUUGAUCCUACUGAGGAAGAAGGUGAAGCCUGGAUCAAAGAACUGGAAGAUGACGUGCGCGCGGAAUGCGAAGAGAAGUACGGCCACGUUGUGCACAUUGCCCUCGACCCCAACACCCAAGGCGACAUCUAUCUAAAAUUUGAGCGCGUCUCAGGGGGAGAGAAUGCCAUCAAAGGAUUAAACGGACGUUACUUUGGCGGUAGGCAGAUCAGCGCACAGCCCGUCGUUGACGCCGUGUACAGCAGUUUGUUCUCUAGGACGAAGGCGCUAUGAUCCGCUCGACGGCAGACCGCUCAGCCUGCAACCACACCCCGCGUCCGGCCCUAGACGGCUGUACAAAGGCUGGAGAGUCACCAGAUUCUAGCCAAAUAACUUCCCCUUGGUUGCCCACUUCUGCCUCCAAUACGCAUCCAAUGAAUACGACUAAUUCGUCAGGUGGCCAAGCGUACCCGGUAGAAAGUCAAAUCAUCUCCACACCGACCUUUGUGGAGGACGUUGAAGAUGAAGUGUGUGGGUUAAGGUCUUUCGUUGACAGGUGUCCCAGGAGUUCGGGUAAAUGCGCUUCUUUAACUCACUCCUGCUGAAGACAGUGGAAGGUUUGACUACGCUGGAAUUCUGCUUGCGGUCGGGACCGAAUUUCUAUUGACUUGCUCGUUAGUCCCAACAUCUGGGUGUUUCUGGCGGCCAGCUCGGAAGCAGGACAUCUCGCAUGCUUUGCUCGAAUGGGAGUGGAAAGGCUGGUAAUGUUGCUCGGUAGGUCGGCCUUGUGAUUGAUUUGCAAUUUGAUGAAUCUUGAAAGACCAUAGGAUGAGACCGCGAGGUCAUAACAGAUCGAGAUCAAAGCACACGAGCAAUUUUUCUUUAUAAAUAUAUGGAUCCGAUUUCCCUGCG